AUGUCGGCUAAGCCGUUGGCUGCAAAAAGAUACGAAACUCAAUUACUAGGACAAUUUCAAAAUGAAGAGGAUGAUAUAGAUGACAAUGAAGCUAACAAAGAGCAGGAAGAACAAAUGGUUCAAAGGAGCGUACUAAUUAAAGCAAGAUCCAAGGGCAAAAGGAAGUUAGUGGAUGAGCCGGAGGGUGGUUCUUUUGACUCUGAUGAUAAUCAAGCAGAAGACUUGGGGGUGUAUAUGUCAGUUGAUGUUGAUGAAAGAUUGUCGAAAGAGGAAGAAGCAGCUUUGAGAAACAAGAUUAAAAAUCUUGAAGAGACGAACAAAAUACAAGAACAGGAUAUGGCGAGGUUAAUUGAUAUACCAACUAACAGCCAGACUGAGGCAUCCUCAAGUGCAAGAUUGGAGAGACAAGUACAGGAACUGAAAACAAAACUCACUUCUGCAAUUGAGAAAAACACGUUGAAUGACCAUGAGAUAGCCACUCUUCGUGCACAAAACGACGUCCUAACCAAAGAGCGAGAUGCAUUUGUUUGUCAACCUGCAGAACCAAAUGAUGAUGUCAACAAAUCUCAAACCAACUCGGAUACAUCAUUUAGCAGCAUCCAGGAAUUACACUGCCAAGUUGUUGAAUUGAAGCAGGAAAAUGAAAAGUUGUGUGACAAAAAUAAGCAGUUGAAGACGAAGAUUGAGGAUAUGGAGCAGAAUCUGCAAACUUUGAUUGAUUCGACUCUAAAAGAAGAGCAGAAGCCAAAUGAUGUUGAUACAGACUUUGAAGAUCCACAAAAAACAAUGCGGGACAUCGAAACAAAAAAGACGCCUAAAUCAAGUGGUGUGCACAAAAGGACGUGCUCAAAACUGAAUCAGACUGAAAAGAAGAAUCGUAAAUCAGCUGUUGCCGACAGGACACGGGGAAAACGUAAAGAGCCUGCAGUCAACAAUAAGCAACCAGAGCCGGUCAAGAAAAAAAGACGAAAGGACUUUUCGUACCAAAAAAAGGAUAUCUUCGACCUGCUAUCUAAUGAGGACAAAAUUAUUGUAGAGAAUAUGGCUGUAGAUAUAGCAGAGGAUGAUCAUAGAAAUGUGUAUGAGUUUGAUGAGAUGGCUGACAUAAUCACAUUGUUGAAGGAGGGAUCAACCAGUACACAAGUACUUGAUUCAUACUCGUCCAUUCUGCAAAUGCGACAAGAGGAAGGAUAUUUUAAUGAUAAUGUCAAUCAUGGUUUGGAUGGGGACAGUUAUGUCUUUUCAAGUUCGCUUAUGCAGUAUCGAUUCCUCUUGUUUCGACUUUAUUCCAAAGGCAACACCCGCAAGGAUAAUGAUCAUUGGACUUUGGUUGUCCUGGAUAUAAAGCUCAAAACGUGGAAACAUUACAACUCCUACAAGCCAAGGGCAGUGGAAAACCAGAAACACACAGAUCCAUAUCUGUAUAUCGCGGAAACAAUGGUAAAAGCUGUUGAAGCAGUCACCAGAGAAUGUAAAAUCAAGAAAAUCCCGCUAGAUGCAACACUUCAAGAAGUUGAGGAUUCACCUCAGCAAGAGUACGGCAGUGAGGAUUGCGGGAUUUUUGUACUAUAUAUCAUCAGACAGUAUUCCCGUCAACAACCAGUGGACAAGUUGGAUGCAUAA